GUGAACUCUGUGGACCCGAUGAAUUUCGAUUCAGAGGCCGUGAAGAGCGAAAGCAGACGGAGCGACUUGGAGGGCCGUUUCAGAGUGAAACCAAGGGACAUGAGCGCUCUGGGUCCUAAUUCGCGGGUGGUGGCCUACUUGCCGGGUCUCCGGACCAUCCUCCACCGUCUCCGUGCCACUUCUGCUACCCCCUCCUCCCUCUACACCUCUCCCCACCUUCACUCCCUCACACUCUCCCUCCUCCCCACCCUCACCCCACAAGAGGCUGAAAUUACAGGGGUCUCUGCCAAUCCCCUUCUACCGUUGCCAGGGGCGAUGGCACCUGUAUCCCCGCUGUCUCAAGAAACCACGCCCACCACAAUCGAAUCUUCACCACCAGUACUGUCAUCAGUGAGUGAGACAGAGCAAGGAGUGGUGGAGUGUCUGGUACAGCAGUGUCCUCCAUCUCUCCAGACUGGCUUCAUGGACCUCUUCCCUGGUGUAUCUGUUAAGAAAGGUGAUUUGCUGGUGAUCACAUUGUGUGAGAAGACAGCCAAUGACAUGACGUCGUGGUCUCGAACUGUCGGAGAGGAGAGGGAACAGGUCAUGCAACACGUGAGCCAGACACACAACCAUUGUAGCUCUGUUUGUCUUGUUUCUUGCCCCGGGUGUAGUUGACUUGUUUGCCGUGCCCUUUCUACCUCGUAGUUGACACAUCAUUAAUCUACAGUUUAUUGAGACGGCGAAGGAGAUAUGUGCGAGGCUCUCUUCUGCCGGACUCUGGGCUGAUUUUAUCGAUCCUUACUCUGGAAGAGCGUUUUACAGUCCUCAUUCUAACGUGGUUCUCCAAGAAACAGAUGAGAGGUUCCGCUAUCUCGGUUUCGAUGUGCGGGAUUUGGGGUGCUGCAGAAGCAUUGCACAUCCAACUUUCGGGUGUCAUUCCUUCGUGGGAACUAUCUUUACUGACAGUAGCAUCCACUCACCUACCAUUCAAAGUAUACUGCACUUGUGAUCAAGGUUUUCUGGCGCGGUUUUCCAGUGCGCAAGCGCGUUUGGGCGCUAAUAAUAGUUCCUUACCCCGCUCGUU